UUGGCAAUUUAAUUUCACUGAAAUUUCAUAUUUGUACGUUGAUUUUCAGUGAUUUUAUUGCUUCAAAUCAUUUUGAAAACAUUCGCUGUGAGGAUCGAUUUAGAUAACGUCAUGAACGAACGGUUAAUUUGAAAGAUGAAACGAUUCGAGUACGAUUAAUUAGAUGGCCUUGCAAUACUAAGCUUGUAAACGUAUGAAUGACGUACAUGAACAUGUGAUUGUAAUGUAUGAUUCAUCCUUUUGUUUCGUCGGUGACCUGAAAACUGAAAAGUGAAAUGUACCUACUCAUUCGUCCUCGUAUAAGUUCAGUAUUUUCUGAAAUAAUCGAAUGCAUUGCUCUUGAGGUCUUGAUUAUUUAUACCUAGUUUAUAAUGUGUGAAAUUUAUAAAUUUGGAGUUUUUGAACAUUUGAACCAUUGUAAUUGUAAGUACAUGUAGGUAUGUAUUAUUUUAGUCAUUAAAAAAAAUUCAUUUGUCGGAUGUCGGAUCUUUCAACUCAUCUCGAUUGCCGACACCGUUCCUCUGGAUUCUGGACACCUUUUUUUUAAAAAUUUGUAUCUUAGUUGUAUCGUAUCGAGCAAUUCUGAAUUUGAAGGCUUCAGCAAAUAGUAACGGACUGAUACAUUAAAUUAAAUCAUUGAAAGUAUUUUAGAAAAUAGGAAAAAAAAACCAGAAAAUAAAAAUUUUUAAAAAAAUUCAAAAAUUUUGAAACUUUUGAAAGCGAAAAUAGCGACCUCUGGUUUGUAGAUUAAAAGUGCGAAUCAAUGAACUGAACCACAUGAAAAAACCUGAAUCCUGCGAAAAACCCGCUCUUUCUUGUUUGUUUUAUUUUCAUUUGAUAUGACGAAAUGAGGUGAGGCAAAGCAUUGUUCUAUUGCACAAUCGAUUGUAAUUUUUGUAGCUGGAGCAAUAAUAUUCUCUAUUCAGUUCAAGCAUAAAUUUAGGAGUAAUUUCGCGAAAUACCUCGUUCAAUCUGAAUAAUGUCAUCGAAGAAUAACGUUUGUACGAUGCAGUUCGUUUACAACUAUGAAGAUGGUAUACAAAGUUACGAAAAAUUAUUGGAGAAAAACUUCAUCAAACUUUCUGAGUACUCGAAAUGUCGAGAUGCUUCUUCCUCAGAGUUAGAAGAAAUGAACGACGUGUACAUAGUUGUGAAGAAGUGCCUCAACACAGCCCAAGAGAGUAUUGCAACGUUAAAAUCGGAGUAUAGUGAUUUAACACAACACUUCUUGCAUGUUUCCGAAAAUAAUUUCAAAUACGAAUUCCUAAGCUACUUGGAACGUCAAGAGGUACUGAGAAUGAGGUUUCUCGAAUUCAUCUAUAAAUUCAAACUUUUGAACUCUCGUUUGGAUGAUAUUCUGUGUGGCAAGGUUGUCGAAACGAUGAAUGAAGAUUCCGCCGAAAGUCCAUCAGAAUCUGCCCAUGCUACUGACGAUAAUUUGAACACCAAAUUCGAUUCGUCUUCUGGUUUGGAAUUAGGUACUUCGGAGUCAUUUCCAAAAUUCGAUUCUCCUAUGGCUUCUGCGACCGAAAUCUUGGAAUCGUUGUCUCGUAAUGAAGGUGGCGAAGUAUACUACUCAACUAUUACCAGUACUUUGAAACUUCGCAAAUCAUACGUUUGCGUCACUUGUGGUCGUCGUUUAAGUACGAGAAAUGCUCUGAAAGCCCACAUAUUAACUAUACAUCAAGGUGUGAAACCAUUUAGCUGCGCCGUAUGUGGCCAGAAAUUUACGCAGAGAUCUGGUAGAAAUCGUCACCAGCAAACGGCUCAUGUGGAAGGAAAACCCUACUGCUGUACGAGUUGUGAUAAAAGAUUCAAAAGUGAGUUCAAUUUGGAAAGGCAUUUGAAACGUAAUCAUUGCACACUGAAGUAGGCAUCAAUAACGAGUGAUUCGACGACUCGAAAUCAACUCGAUCGUUCUCGUGAUUUUGUCUGUAGUUCCUGUUGCAUAGUUGAAUGUAUCCUCGACAUUGUUUUUUUUUCGGUGAAUUUUGUUGUAUUAUUUUUUUAGCCUUUUUAAUAUCUAAUUGGCUUUCCUAGUGCAUUUUAACUCAUUACUUUUUUAACUCUUUUGACUAAGUAGGUAUAUAAUUUAUGAUUUAGGUUAGGAAGUGUUGAAUUUUAGUGCCUUCAUGGUCGUUUUUUAGUUUAUUAAAUACCUGUUAGACUGAUUCAAAGUUCCAUUAGUUAGGUCUUCCUAUAGUUCCUUGUGUUAUGUUUUUAUUUUUUUAAGAUGAAAAUAGGAAUACACGAUAUGGGUCAUUGUGAACUGUUUAGCAUUAAAAAUUGGCUGAAUAAAUUUAUUUAUCUGAAUACAUCGACUUCGAACGAAAUGGAAAGAAUUUUGUGCGCAGCUUUAAUAAAAAGACUUUAUUUUUCA